CGGGGCAGCAGUUUCCUGCCCGCCCGGAAGUGGAUUUUGCAGAUGGCGUGAGUUUCGGUAUUUCUAGUUCGCACCAGAUUAGCUGUCCCCGUUGCCCUGUCCUCCCUCCGUGCAGUCGCCGGGUCGCUGCGGACUAUCCUCGCGCCCCCGGCUAGGAAGCUCCGAGGCCGGCACCGGGUCCCCGGUCUCCUGCCCUGGGUAUCCUCUCCGCCUCGCUCUCCUCUCCCCAUGCAAGUCACGUCCCUCCUGGAACGUGGGUUCUCGCGUUUCGCUGCUCUUCGUGGGCAGUACCCGGAAGUCUGCAGACCCAGUCCUCUUCGGACCCAGUCCACACUAAUGCCCCUCCGGGACUCCGCAUUACUUUCCUGGGAACGCACCGUGGUCGCUGGCUCCGGGAGCCCUUGAGCCUGAGCUGGAGGCCGUACCAAAUCACUGCCCUGUGACUCCCCGUUCUGUCCCAGUUUCUGUUGCACUGCCUGGACCUGCUACUGUGUGUUUAGCGGAAAGUGGUCGUCCUGGGCAGGGGCCGUUUUUAUUCUGUACCUUAAAUAUUGAUGGCGUGUGGGCAGAGAAUGAGGGGAUUAGACCAAAAGAGAACCAACUUUGACUCUUUAGUGCUUGAACUGUCUGUGAGGGAAAACCAGAGGAAGACACCAGGAAACUGAGUUAUUGGCAAUGCAUCCACUAGAAUCGGUGACCUUUGAGGACGUAACUGUAAACUUUACCCAGGAAGAGUGGGCCCUCUUGGAUACAUCCAGGAGAGUGCUGUACAAAGAUGUGAUGCUCGAAAAUAUCAAUCAUCUGGUAUCUCUGGGGUAUCAGCUCUGCAAAUCAGAAGUGAUUUUCCAUUUGGAGCAAGGUGAAAUGCUGUGGAUAGUGAAAGGAAAUGGAUUUCUCCAAGGCCAAAGCCCAGGCAGGGAAAGUACACAUAAAAAACGAAAAAUGAUACCCAUUCAAAAUAUCUGCAAGAAAGACACAGCCACUCACAGCUUAAUGCAGGAAUCUCAUUCUCAAGAUGAUCUAUCUAAAUGGAAAGAAUUGGGAAAAGAUCACAUUCACAGCUGUGGAAUGAGUCAAAAUUUGUCACUUCACACAGCAGAGAAACCAUUAGUCAGCAAACAGCGUCAAAAAUACAGUGGUGACAACCUACACCUUAAUCAACAGAAGAAAAAACAGGCAAGGGUAAAAUCAUAUGAAUGCCCACAGUGUGAGAAAAUUACUAAGGUCAGUAAUUUCUCUAACCUUAGACAACACAAGAUCACUCACACUGGAGAGAAGCCAUAUGAACAUCUUCUGUGUGAGAAUGCCUUUAUUCAUACCUCUGACCCUCAAAUACACAAUCAAACUCACAUUGCAGAAAAAGCAUACAAAUGUCAAUUUUGUGGGAAAACCUUUAGCAAAUCAUGUACCCUUAGAGUACAUGAAAGAAUGCACACUAGAGAGAAACCACAUGAAUGUUAUCUGUGUGGGAAAGUAUUUAGUCAAUCUUGGGACUUUAGAGGACAUAAACGAACACACACUGGAGAGAAACCGUAUGAAUGCCAUCUGUGUGGGAAAGCCUUCAGUCAGUCAUCUAACCUUAAAGUGCAUGUAAGAAUGCACACUGGAGAGAAACCAUAUGAAUGCCAUCUGUGUGGGAAAGCCUUCAGCACAUCUUCUACCUUUAGAGUGCACAUGAGAAUGCACACUGGAGAAAAACCAUAUGAGUGUCAUCUGUGUGGUAAAGGCUUCAGUCAAUCUUGGGGCCUUAGAGGGCAUGAGAGAACACAUACUGGAGAGAAACCAUAUAAAUGUCUUUUGUGUGGGAAAUCCUUCAGCAAAUCAUCUAAUCUCAGAGUACAUACGAGAACUCACAGUGGGGAGAAACCAUAUAAAUGUCAUCUGUGUAGGAAAGCUUUUAGUCAAUCUUGGGACCUUAGAGAACAUGAGAGAACACACAAUGGGGAGAAACCAUACGGAUGCCAUUUGUGUGGGAAAACCUUCAGUCAGUCUUCUAAUCUUAGACAGCAUGAGAGGAUGCACACUGGGGAGAAACCAUAUGAAUGCCAUUUGUGUGGCAAAGCCUUCAGCAAAUCUUCUACCCUUAGAGUACAUUUGAGAAUCCAUACUGGAGAGAAACCAUAUGAAUGUCAUAUGUGUGGGAAAGCCUUUAGUCAAUCUUGGGACCUUAGAGGACAUGAGAGAACACACACUGGAGAGAAACCAUAUGAAUGCCAUUUGUGUGGCAAAGCAUUCAGUAAAUCUGCUAACCUUAGGCAGCAUAAAAAAACUCACAGUGGGGAAAAACCAUAUGAAUGCCCUCUGUGUGGGAAAAGUUUCAAUUUAUCAGGUAACCUUAGACAACAUGUGAAAACGCACACUGGGGAGAAACUAUAUAAAUGCAAUCUGUGUGAGAAAGCUUUCAGUAAGUCUUUUUCCCUUAGACGACAUGAGAGAACACAUACUAGAGAGAAUGAUAAAUGCCUUCAGCAUAUAAUCUGACUUAAAAAGUCAUAAAUUUAGUAAAUUUAGAAAAAUCGUCAGCCAUACUUGUAAAAUGUAAACAUCUAGGAUGCACUCGUUUAGAAGCACUGUGAAAUCAGUGUGAAAUUUCCUGCAGUUUAUAUUUCUUCUUUGACAUAAACAGUUUCAUAUGGAAGAGAAGCCGUAUGUGUAAAUUCUAUGUGGCACAUCUUCUGAUGUGUCAUAGAUGACAUGAGAUACCCUACCCUGCUAUAUGAAUAUAGAAGUCAACAAUAACAGCUUUCAUCUUUAAACAUUCUGGACGACUUUACAGCAUAGACACUCCAGGUUUAUACUCAACGUGAGAAUUUCACCAUUUGUUGUUAAACAAAAGGAACAAAGUAUACUUGGGAGAAUCCUUUGAUUUCUAAUAAGUGGAAACAUUUACCCAAGCACCAGGGUUGGUAUGCAUAAUACAGUUCAGAGAAUUAGCUGCUAAAACAGGAAAUAAGAGGAUGAAGUGUCUUGAAGUAUACUAAUUAAUUAUCUCAUUCUGGAGAAAUUAUUUAGUGGAAAAUGAUAUGAAAUCUUUUAUUUAUAGAAAAAAGAUGAGUCACUCACAGGGCUAAACACACUCAUGAAUGAAGGAAUGUAUUCAGUGAGUAUGCAUUAUAUAUUCAACACUAAGGUUCUAUUACUGAGAAAGUACCAAGCGUGAAAUCAAAGCAGAGAAAGUUUUGGAUAGAUUUCACAUUAGAGACCAGUCUAGGAAAAAAUAAAUAUCAGCCAAUAAAAACCGUAAAACAUUUUAACACAAUUUAGCAAAUUAUUCAGCAUUUGAGAAAAGAACUAUCAUCGAUAAAAGAACGUGAUUUAUGAAAGAUAGGUUAUCUUGCUAUAUUAAAUGCUGGUUUCUAAGAAAUCAGAUUCAGUUUUAAAUAGGUAAGAUUAGAUCUGACUUGCAUUUAUAAACUAGUUCAGUUCCUGUAAAUACCUAACCAAUAAAUGUGUUGCUUAAAAAGCUAAUCUGGUGGUGGUAUAUUUCUAUUAUCCAGUUUUAAAGUCAUAGAGUUUGGUCUGGACUCCUUGUCAUGUGGAUAGAUAUUAAGCCCCACUCACUAAAUCUCUUCUUUCUCCCAACAGUUCUUUUCACAAACCUAACCUCCCCUCAUUCCACCUUCUCACCAUUGUCAGCGGUCUUCUUUAAUGCUUUU